AUGGCUCUCCCACUAAAGUAUUCCUCCCCCAAUGGCACUGUUCGGUGGACCAGGCUGGGGUCAGGACCGCCCCUCGUCUUCAACCACGGCACGCCAUGGUCGUCGUUUGUAUGGCGAGACAUUGCCGAUGCCUUCACGUCCACGCACACAGUCUACCUCUGGGACAUGCCAGGCUACGGUCUCUCAGACAAGUACGACGGGCAAGACGUCUCGCUGGGCGCCCAGGGCAAGCUCUUCGCGGAGCUGCUCGCGCACUGGUUCCCACAGCAGCAGCAACGCCCGCCGCCCAUCGUCUUCGCGCACGACUUCGGCGGCGCCGUGGCCCUGCGCGCGCACCUCCUGCACGGGGCACGGUACGCGGCGCUCGCGCUCGUGGACCCUGUCGCCCUCGCGCCCUGGGGCUCGCCCUUCUUCCGGCUCGUGGGCGCGAACGCCGACGUCUUCGCGCAGCUGCCGGCGAACCUGCACGGCGCGCUGGUGAGGGAGUACAUCUCGGGGGCGAGCCACGCGGGGUUGCGGGCGGAGACGCUGGAGGAGCUGGCGCGGCCGUGGUGCGACGGCGAGGGCCAGGCGGCGUUUUACCGGCAGAUCGCGCAGGCGAGUGAGCGGUUCACGGACGAGGUGGAGGGCCGGUACGGGGAGGUGCCGGCGGGGAUGGCGGGGGAUGGGGAUGAUGUGCAAGGUGAGAAGGGGGCGGGCAAGGAGGGCAACAUCUCACGGGUGCUGCUGGUGUGGGGGACGGAGGAUACGUGGGUGCCGGUCGAGAGGGGGAGGGAGCUGCAGCGCAGGAUGGGCGGAGGAGGCGUGGUGCUGAGGGAGAUUGCGGGCGCGGGGCACCUGGUGCAGAUGGACAGGCCGGCGCAGCUGACGGGCGUGCUGAUGGAGUUUGUGGGCGGUGUCGGUGGUGCUCGUGUUGGGUGA